AUGGAGCUGCCGACGAUCUCGGCGCUCAAGGUGUACGACGUGCUGCUGAUCGCGCUGGUCGUGUUCGCCGUGGACCUGGCCAUGAAGCUGUGGAACGGUCGAGGCGCGCAGCUGUCGCCGGCGGAGCAGAAGCUGCUGGGCGAGUACAACGCGCAGGUGCGGCUCGUGAACCGCCUCAACUCGGUCGAGACGUUCGUGGAGCAGGCAAAGGCCACGCGCAAGAUGAACGCGCUCAAGAAGGAGAUGCAGGAGCUCGCGGUGGAGCGGCUGGCUGCAAGCGCGCCAUCGGAGCUUCAGAAGCAGUUCGACCGCAUCCGAACGCCGGUGUUGAUGGGGCUCGCUAUGCUCUACUAUUGGAAUGAGCCUCUGGUGGAGCUACCGCAGGGCUACAUGCUGCCGGUGGAGCGCCUAAUGGCGAUUCCUGGCUUCCCGCUUGGCGCUAUCUCUGCUAUGGGCUGGGCUGGAAUUUGCCGUCGUGUGAGUGACAAAGUCCUCGGCUAGAAGAUCUGACCUGGUUGACCUCGAGUUGACUCUGAACCUGCAGAGCGCCCGAGAGCAGACUCCGUAACUAGACGAGAGGCACGUAGUUAAAUAGCGUAGUUCCUGCAACCUGUCCUGUAACGGCAACGAAAUCAACUGCAAACCGCAGCGCGACGAACAAU